AUGCAACGGCCCUUCAAAGCUUCAAGACUUUUCACUGAGCAGUCAAGAUUCUUUAUGGGUUCUGGCAAGGAUUUGCGACUUCUCAAGCAGAACUGCUCUGCGAACCUAGAGCGAAUUGAAUCAAACGACCACUUCUUCUGCUACACGUCUGGUCGUUGGCUAUACAAUGAGUCGCUCCAACUCAAAAAGCGAUACAUCAGAUUCAAUGUUCCAGCUCUGCAGCAGAUUGCUGGCCGUAUAGCCAGCAGUCAGUGUGUCGAAAUGACAAAAAUACCGGAGGGGCUAUACAACAAGGUGUUCUCUUUGAGAAUGGAGAAUGGCAGGGAGAUCCUGGCGAGAAUCCCAAACCCCAAUGCUGGUCAUCCCCAGCGUGUGGUCGCUAGUGAAGUCGCAACACUUGAUUUUCUUCGCAAUGUUCUCGAUGUCCCGGUUCCCAGAGUUCUUUCCUGGAGCUCUCCGUCUCAGCCAAACAUGGUGGGUGCAGAGUAUAUACUCAUGGAAAGAGUCAAAGGACGCCAGUUAAGUGAGGUCUGGGGUGCCAUGUCUGAAGCUCAACACUUUGGUCUGGUGAAAAGCCUCGUGGAAAUCGAGCGAAAGCUGGUGAAUGUCAAGUUCUCGCUCCAUGGCAGCUUGUACUAUAAAAGUACAGGCUAUCAUGGCAGAGAUGUUGUUGAUCCAACUGAACCAGCAAAGGAGGUUGCAUCGGAUUUCAUCAUCGGUCCCACAACCCAGCGGUCCUUUUGGGAAGACGGAAGAGGAGAGUUAGAUAUUGAUCGGGGGCCAUGGGGGACCGCCCAGGAAUACCUUUCAUCCGUCGCAAACCGCGAGAUCGCCCUGAUCCAAAAUUUCGUCCCUAGCAAGUCUAGCAACACGUCUGCACUACUGGGGAAAACACAAGAGGCACUUGAUGAGCAUGUCCAUCUUCUUGGACAGUUCCAAAAAGUGCUGCCUCACAUACUACCACCACAAGAAACGCUUCGUCCCGUUCUGCUGCACCAUGAUCUCCAUGCGGACAAUAUAUUUGUUGAUUCCUCAGACCCAACAAAAAUAUCAAGCAUAAUCGAUUGGCAGGCAGUCUUCGCCGCCCCGCUCUUCAUGCAAGCAAGAUUCCCUUCGGUCUUUGAUUGCGAUGAUCCCUACCCAUGGGGUGCUGUCCAACCCAAGUUACCGCAGGAUUUCGAUGCCCUCACGCAAUCGGAGAAAGAGUUGGCUGAAGAGACCCUUGUCCGGCUUAGGCUGAAAAAGUUCUACGAACUCGCCUCGAGAAAAUUCAACCAGCCUCUCGUGAUGGCCAUGGACGCCAUGAGAAAUGACGACGAUCCCACUACCUUCAUAUUCCAUAUUGUUGGGCAAUCUUCGCAGGACGGUCCAGUCCCGCUCAAAGAGCUCCUGAUACAAAUAUACGAGAACUGGGAUCGAAUCAUGGAGCGCCGAGGCUUGGCGACUCCAUGCCCAUGCCCUAUUUCUUUCUCCAAAGGCGAAAUUGACAAGAGCCGACAACGGGUAAAAGAAUGGGCGGAUGCAUAUGGCGAAUUUGAAUGCUUGCGAGCUGAUAUCGCGGGUCAGGAUGGCUGGGUCGCACAUGAGGAAUACGAUGAAGCCAUGCGCAGGUGGGAUGACAAUAGAGCUACCUUGGAACUUCUUCGAGAACGAGUAGAUAAGUUGCUGCUAUAG